AUGGAGUCAGUAAGUUGUGCUAAGUUUGAAUAUGAAGCAGACAACCUUUUGGAAGAGUGCACAAAAUUGAGAAAUAUGCCAGAAAAGGAUUUAAGCGAUUCUUUAAUAGAAACAAAAUUAGAAUCGCUUGAUGAAGAUUGGCAAAAUUUACGUAGUGCGUUUGAGAGUGUAUUUUUUGCGGGUACAGAAGAUGAGGAAGAUAAACAAUAUAAAAUAAAGGUAAAAAAAUAUUAUGAGUCAGUCAGAGAUAAUUACCAAGUGACUAAAGCUACAUUAUUGGAAAUAUUAAAAAAUCGAAAGGCGCAGAGCCAAAGUAAUAACGCUAGAGGCGAAGUUACAAAUCCAUCGUUGUUUCACAGCUCAGCUGUUUAUCCUCCGGGUACAACGUUUGAUAUGUCUGAGAUUUGUAUUAAAGUGCCACCUUGUGACACUCAAGACUUCUACGGAAGUUAUGAAGAAUGGCCAACAUUUAGAGAUAUGUUUACGGCUAUUUAUGGAAAUCAUCCCAGACUCACACCAGCGCAAAAGCUUUAUCAUUUGCGUAAUAAAACUAAAGCAACGGUUGAAUCUAGCAAAGAUAUUAAAAGAAUUCAAUCGACAGUUAGUGACUGCUUGGCUAUAUUGAGAGCUCAUAGUGUAAAGGUGGAUCAAUGGGAUCCAAUUUUAAUAUAUUUAUGUUCAACUAAGCUUCCGGUUGAUACACUGACUCUAUGGGAACAAUCGCUCGAAUCACAUUCAGAGCUACCCAAAUGGUCGCAAAUGGAAGAUUUUCUUAAGAACAGACAUCGGGUUCUAGAGCGAAUAGAUGGUCUCAGAAGUCAAACAGCUUCAACUUCAUUUAGCAAUGAUCAUAUAUCGCAUCAAAAUGCUCAUUUGACACAAUCAAACAGAUGUGUCAUGUGUUAUAAGAACCAUAUUUUGAAAAAUUGUAUGAGAUUUAAUAAUAUGAAUGUUAAUCAGAGAAUAGAGUUCGCAAGAGAAAAGAGGUUGUGUAAUAAUUGUCUAACAAGCGGACAUAUUUCGCAGGAAUGCGUGAGUGUGCAUAGGUGUAUGUUUUGCAAAAAGAAACAUCAUACUAAAUUGCACCUACAAAGUAAUGGGCAGGAGAGAUCUAUACAACCAAGAAAUGUAACGAGGGAUAACCAAGCACCUGUCCGUUCAGCAAAUGGGAGUCAAACAAAUACUCUUGUUACCACUGACAAUACUGUUGAUGAAAUGCCUUGUUCAUCUAGUUCGAUAGUUCAAGCUUCCAAUGUGGAAACACAUGUUUCAGUGUGUCAUGAUGACAUUAUGUUGCCAACAGCAUUAGUAAAAGUUAAACAUGCUGGGGAACAAUUUACUGUUAGAGCGCUCAUUGGCUCUGCUUCUGAGCGAACAUUUAUAACCCAGAAAAUUGUAAAAAGAAUUGGACUUUGCACAGAAAAGGCAAAUUUUAAAAUAAGUGGUCUGAGUGGAACAGUCGUUGCAAACUCCAUUAAAAAAUGUAUGCUGACGCUGUGUUCAGACACAAUCAACAACGAAAUUGAAACUGAAGCAUUAAUUGUUCAAAAUUUAACGAGUUUGCUGCCGACACAAAUAGUAUCAAUUUCUGACUUAGGAAGUAUAAAAGAAUUAAAAUUAGCAGACCCAGGGUUUAUGAUUUCUGCCCAAGUAGACAUGCUAAUUGGGAGCGAUGUUAUCCCACAAAUAAUAUUGGAAGGUGUUAAGAAGAACAUAUUGGGAAACAUGAUAGCUCAAAAUUCAAUUUAUGGUUGGUACAUCUAUGGACCAAUAAAAUCAAAUGAAAUUUGUUUAGCUUCAGUAGAAGUAGAAGAACAUAGCGAAGAUGACAUUAGUUCCGCACUAAAGAAAUUCUGGGAACAAGAAGAAGUUAAUAACGUUCCAAUUGCUACAGAAUCGGACAACUAUUACAACAAACAAAUGGUAUCUGACUCCAUGGAAUCAGCUUCGGUCAUUUUCCUCUUUGUCGCCUUGCCAGAGAAUGACGAAGAAAUGAUGUCUGACGGAGAGGUUGAAAAGGAGAUGCUUCUUGCGGAAAUUGAUAUGGUCGUCGAAGCUGCCAAAAAAACAGCUCCAGAAACAUUAAGUUCAAUGGAGGCACCUCCCUCCAGCCUACUACGUCGUCAACUGGUUCCGCCGUACAGCCCAGAAAUUCACAGUCAAAUCGCUUGA